CAAAGAACAUCGGCACUGGAAGUGGUCAAUUUGAAAUCACAACUUCAUCCUGUUAUCACAGUAAAAAAACAACAGAGCCCACUUUUAUGCUUUAAUCAGAACCCUAAUGAAAUGCAGUUAAAAACCAGUUCAGUUGAGCAUGACCAAGAAGACUUGCAGCAAGGAUUGCGUGACACUUUAAAACAUGUCCGAGGGCAGAUGGAAAGAGAAGAGGAUGGGAGAGAAAAAAAGACAAUGGACAAGGUCAGCGGUACAAUGGCCAAUGUUAGUAAAGAGAAAAAUUAUCCCGAUGAAUCCAAAAGCCAAGAGAUAUGUUUAAAGACUACCCCAAAGCCAAGAAAAUCUCGGGAAACUACCAAAUCCUCCAGUGACUUCCGUAGUAAGACACCUUCAGUAGCAAACAAGAACAAAAAGAAUAAAACCAGAACAAAAGGAGUAGAUGCACAAGUACCGAGGAUGUCUAAAGCUGGAUGUGAACCUUCUAAUUCAGACCCUCUGGAUGAGCCAAGAAAUGAACCCUCCUCACCAACCCAAAGAAUUUCCAUGGAAACACCCGGUUUGGCAGAGAAGAAGAUGGCUGACCCGAAGGGUCCAGGUCCUUUUUUUUAUAUAGGAGGCAAUAACGGGGCCCAGCUGGUAAGUGCUUACUGUAUGCGAAGAGGUUGGCAGCGCAUUCAAGACAACAAGAGAGAAGAUUAUAGAUUGAAAUGGUGUGAGGCCAAGUGCUCGGCAACUUAUUGUACAUUUCGAGACGGUGAGCAAUUGGUAUACCAAAUACCUAAUAAUAAACUCCUGACUACAAAAAUCGGCCUCUUAAAUAGCCUGAGAGAAUAUGAAAGAGUUAUGAUCAAAAUCAGCAAGCUCGGGAACCCUCGGAUCCUCAGAAUGGAAGAUUUUUUUCCUGAAACUUUUCGUAUGGAUAUUGCAACUGAGAGAGACACAUUCUUUUCUCUUAAUGAAGAAAGUCAAACAUGGAUCUGCAAACCAACUGGUCUGAACCAAGGACGGGGAAUUUUUUUGUUAAAAACUCCUGAGCAAAUCAAAGACCUACAAUGCCAACUGCAAGCCAUGGACGAUGACAACAAAAAGACUCCACACAAGGGUCCACAAGCCAGAAUCGUGCAGAGGUAUAUACCCAACCCUUUGCUUUUGGAUGGACGGAAGUUUGAUGUUCGUUCUUACUUGCUCAUUGCCUCCACUGUCCCUUACUUUGUAUUCUUUUGCCAUGGUUACGUGCGUCUUACAUGUAAUCACUAUGAUCCCAAGUCUGAUGACCUCACAGGUCACCUGACCAACCAGUACAUGCAAAAGAAGAACCCUCUGUACAAUGAACUUAAGGAAGAAACUGUGUGGUCAAUGGAAAGAUUUAAUACUUAUGUGAAUGAAAUUGCUUCCGAUAAAGGCCUACCUCAAGACUGGGUGCUGAAUGUAUUCACGAAAAGGAUGCAGCAAAUAAUGACGCACUGUUUCCUGGCUGUUAAAACAAAGUUGGACUGCCACCUUGGAUACUUUGACCUCAUUGGCUGUGACUUCCUGAUCGAUGAAAAUUUCAAGGUGUGGCUGUUGGAAAUGAACUGUAACCCAGCCUUGCACACCAACUGUGAAGUGCUCAAGGAAGUGAUCCCCAGCAUUGUUGAUGAAACCCUUGACUUGUCUCUGGAGCUCUUCAAUAAGAAAUUAAAAAGUCAACGAUUUUUGCCACUGAAUACUCAGAGCAAGUUUGUACUACUCUACAAUGGAGAAAAUAAUGAGCAGACGGUGAAAUUUGACUGGCCUACAAAUACCAGCUUCACCAAAAUCCAGAAGGAAUUGUCACCAGAAAACUUCAACAAAACUAUUAGAAGCGUUGAGAAACCACGGCUAAUUCUCAAAGUUCCUGUGAAAAAUAGGGUCAGCAAAAUUGUCAUCCCUAAAGUGACCCCAAGAACAACAGCUAUGAUGGCCUCAGUACAGGUAGUAAACAUCCCCAGUAACAAUUUACCAUAUAAAAUGAAGCACAAAUCCAAGAACGAGGUAACACCCAGCAGGUCUGAUGCUUUGAAGCACAGUGGCGUACCAUCUGAAAGUGACCAGACGAAGGACAUAGCUUUACAAUCCGCCCCAGUAGCCAGGUUCUCCUUUACAAAUCUUCAAAAACUCAGUUACUGGAAGCAAAACACCUAGAAACAUUAAAAAGAAGCGUAAAACACCUGUGAACAGCAGCACAGAAACAAGUCCAACUCAAACAAGUGUUUUCUUAGAACCUGAAGAUGUCAAGACGCAAGACCAACUUACAGAGUGCCAAAUACCUCUGAGUCCUUAAAAGUAUGAAUGCAACUCUCAGUGACAGGAGCUUUACUUGAAAAACACUGGAAUAACAAAUUAAAACCUCCAAA